AUGAAGAGGAACCACAUGUGGCGCUUCGAAGUGCUCAGUGACAACUGCACUGAACAAGUGACCGCUAGCACCGUGAACGCGAUUAAGCACAUCUACGGCGGGUGCAGACUGUUCGAGACGGUCGUGGUCAUCGUGCUGUCGCCGAUCGGGACGAUCAGCGCCCUCUUGUGCCUGUUCACGGUCUGCGACCCGACGUACCGUAGGGCGAAGAACUUCUUCAAGAUGAUGGUGCUGAUGUGCGUCUCCGAGCUGGUCUACAACCUUUCGCACCUGAUCAUGCAGGCGAACAUGUUGCGUCACGGCGGCGUCACCGUCCACAACUUUACACUGAUCGUCGGCCUUACGGCGAUGCUCAAGGUGUCAUCGAAUUUCAGCGAUUUACUGUUCCAGCUGCUGUCGCUGGAACGUUACCUGGCCGUCUGCACGCCGGUCUUCUGGCACCUCGUCCGCGAAAACACCAAACAGCGACUGGUCGUCGCGUCCAUUCUGCUGUCGUUCGUACUGUCCACUGCAGGCCUGACCGAAUGCUUGGUCACCUACGUCGGCCAGGUGCAGAUCAACGGCACGACGCUUCGGCUACUGGUCGAAAACAGCCACAUCUCGCAAAGUCGCUGGUACCUCGGCUACGAGGUAUUCGCAGAAUGCGUCUGGUCGAGCAUCAGCCUCGCAAUAAUGCUCUUCUCCGUCGUCAGCAUCGUCACUGCCGAAAGGCGACAGCGAAUGCUGCACCACAGACAAAGGGGUCAUCUGGCCACUGUACCACGAAUUUCUCCCGAAACACCGACCCUGCCGAUUCAGCCGACACCGGCGACCAACGAAGCCUGCAAGUUCAGCAUUACCAACCUGGUGAUGUUGACCGGCGCCACGUUUGUCUUCGACAAGAUCACUAACUUGGCCGCCUGCGGCAACCUGUUCCUCAAAAUCAGACCGAACUCCAUCGGCUGCAACGACGCCGCCGCAGCCGCCAACAAGAGCAACGGCGAGUACCCCAAGGCGGCUUACGUCGCCAUCACCAUCGUUGUCCACGAACUGGCCGAGGUUCUCUCCCACUCGUCGAAUUUCAUCGUGUUCCUGGUCAUGUGCUACGGGUUUCGAAAAAAAUUCAUCACCAAGGUGAAUAAAAUCUACGGGACCGUCAAGAAACGCGUUUUCAUGCAAAACAUCGUCGUCACAAAACUGCGCUGA